UGUCCGAUAGUCUAAAAUAAUUCUAUUUUUGUAUGUAUACUUUUGGUCAUUUAACGUGUUUUAAUACUUUAGCUGGUUUGCCCACGAUCUUAGAAUAUACCAAAUCAGUACCAAAUGAUCAAUAUGUGAACGUGAAUGAAAUGUUACAGAAAUUGCACGAGCCCGGUGGGCGGUAAACCGUGAAUGUGUUUUGCAUAGGUAAUAUUUUGCGAAAACGCGACGGUAAUAUAAAUGGAAUCUGCCUAAACCAGGGAUUGGCGAUAGAUGCGAAUGACGGGGUUCUGCGUGGCGGCGGCAAUUGGACGUGAAGCGAUGAGUUGAUGGCCGAGCAAUCGUUGAGAGUCAAAGACGUUGCAAACCGCGUUGACCGCCAAUGAACGAUGACGCGUCGCUGUGUACAAACGCAACUUGGCCGUUCCAAAUCGUGACCACCAUUUUCUUUUGUUAACACUACGUUUUUAAUAUCAUAAUAAAAAAUGUUUUCAUAUUUUAAAAAAAUGCAAUAAUUAUUCAGCGCCGAGUAAGUAAAUAGUUUUUAAAAUUAACACUUUGAUCUUUUAGCCACGGAUUUAAUUUAACUAAACUACUCCGGUUACACGGGUCUUAUGAAAGGGUUAAAUCCGGCGCAUAUGAGUGAUACACAUUCAGGCGGCCAGACAAAAGAAAAGAAAACAUUUCAAAACCAAUAUCGUAUUGGCGUCUCACGGCUUUGCAUCGUAUCUAAAAUGUUUUCUUCAUUCAAAAAAUCUACGGCGGAAUGGUUUUCUUCAUUACAAAAACCGGAAUGGUUUUCUUCAUUAAAAAAACCGGAAUUGUUUUCUUCAUUAAAAAACCCGGAAUUGUUUUCUUCAUUAAAAAAACCUACGGCGGAAUUCAAAGAUGAGAGAUUGAGCCGCAGGAUGAUUUACCCUUAUACGCAUACUGCUAAAUUUUUCCAAUUUCCAUUCAAGCUUCAUUUUCAACAUCACUGGAUGUUUCCAUGGUUCAUUGCAGCAUCAAUCUUAAGUUUUCCAAUUAUCUGUAAGAUCCAUAAAGCUGCCAAUUCCGAAGGCAACAUUAAGAUGUGGGCGGAAAAAAGGCGUAAGGAGGAAGAACGCUACAGACACAAAUGGGAUUACACAGAUUAGGUUAGGUCAAUUACAAUGAAACGUUUACAAUUUGCUAAAUUGAACUUAAAAACAAUACAAAAAUUAAAUAGUAAAAAAAGUAUUAAUAAUUUUAAAAAUGAAUAAUAAAAUAAAUACUACAGUUCAUUUUUUUUC